AUGCACGUGGAUCCCAACACCAGCCUCGCGGCCCAGCGCGUGCUAGCGGCGCACAAGGCGAAGCACCUGCACGUGGAGGUCGAUUCCCCAUCUGGCGUCCCCUCGCACGGGGGAAACUCAGGCGGGGUUAUCGCGGCACAAGAGGGUCCGGAGUUCCGCGAGCCGGCGCAGCAGCAGCAGCAGCUUCCUCCGAUUCAGGCUCAGGCGCAGGCGGUUCCAGGCGAAGCGGCUACCGUUCCGCAGCCGCUACUGUCAAAGUCAGGCCGGCCUGUUGUGCGGAUGCUCGCCGUCCCGCCAAAACUGGAGCCGAGAGACGGAGUUCAGAAGCUGCGUUGCGGAAAGUGCCUCAAAAUCUCCAAGUUCUCCGUCUUCGUCCCUCCCGCCGGCGGCGUUCCCGUGCUCAUGCCCCUUUCCGCCUCCGGCCCUCUCCCCGGUCCGCCCUCUGUAGCUGUUUCGCGUGGUGCGGGCCAGCAACCUCUGUCUGUGCAGCCGCAGCCGCCGCCGCAGCAGCAGCAGCAAGGGCAGGCGGUGCUGGAGGAGAAGUGGCUGCAGCAGUCACCGCAAGGUGUAGCCCUCCAGGCUUACCAGCAACAGCCGCAGUUCCAACAGCCUCAGGGCGUGGGUCCCGUGCAGCCGCAGCAGGCGCGGCUGCCUUCCCCGCAGCUCAUGCAGCAGCAGCAGCAGCAGCAUGCAGCGCAGCAGGGUUAUGGACAGGGUUCGCAGGGGCUGGUGCAGCAGAUGGGCGGGUUGAGCAUGGGUGAGUCGUUCAGUCAGCAGCCGUACGCUAUGGCGCCUCAGAUGCCACAGGGGAUGGGCCUGCAGGGAGGGAUGCAGCAGAGCUUGGGGCAACAGGGCAUGGGGCAACAGGGCAUGGGGCAGCAAGGCAUGGGGCAACAGGGCAUGGGGCAGCAAGGCAUGGGGCAGCAGGGUAUUGCGCAGCAGGGCAUGGUGCAGCAGGGGAUGGGGCAGCAGGGCAUGGGGCAGCAGGGGAUGGGGCAGGUGUAUCAGCAGCAGGCUCAUGCACCUGGGCAUAUGCACCCUCCACAACAGCAGCAGGCGGUACCUCAAUUCCAGCAACAGAUGGCCGGAGGAGCGCAGCAGCAGUAUGCCAACUUCGCACAGCCAGGCAUGGCUGGGCCUGGAGGGUUUAUGCCUCAGCAGCAGCAGCAACAGCAGCUGCAGCACCCUCACCAGCAGCAGCAGCACAUGCAAUUCCAGCAGAUGCAGAAUCAGCCCAUUCAACAGCAGAUGCAGCAGCAGGUGAUGCACCAGGGACAGGGUCAAGGGCAGCAGCAGAUGGGUCAUCUCGUGCCCCCACAUGCCUCUCAAUCUCCCGUGCAGGCGUCAGGCUUUGCAGCUAGCCCUCUAUCCCAGAACCACUCACCCUCCAUGCCCAUGUACCAUCAAAACUCAGGCCCUCCGCAGCAACAACAGCCACUCCACCCGUACCAGCAGCAGAGCCCCAUGCAGGGUCGCACUCACAUGGGCAAGGUAGCAUACGGGCAUCAAGCACUCAGACCUCCUCUUUCUGGAGGAAGCAUAGGGGGCCACCUGGAGAGCGAGGAGGGCCUGCCAAGGCAAGGGUCGGGGAAACGGUUCCCCAAGCAGCCGCCACAGCCCCCCAUGGACCCACAAGCUGCCACCAGACGGUACCUUACAGGCCCAGGAAAGACCCUGGCGUCGUCUAUCGGCUUUAGAAGCGCGUCUCUCAACGAGCACCAGAUGCAGCAGCAGCAGCACGGGGGUGCGGGGAUGGGAGCGCCUGCAGACCUGCCCUUCAGGCGCACAGCCACGGAGUACAGUGGGCCGCCUGGGCGGGCAGAUGCGAUGACGGUGGCGCCUAGAAGCUCAACGCUGGGCGGCGAGGGGCAGUACCGGCGCAAGGUGUAUAUGAACGGGCAGCCCGUGCCUGACAAGCUUGUGUUCCUGGCUGAGAGGCGGAUUGGAACGAUUGAGCCAGGCAGCUACUGGUACGACUGUCGAGCUGGAUUUUGGGGCCCUGUCGGAGGGCCAGCAUUCGGAGUUACUCCGGCUUUUAUGAGGGAGUUCGGCAUGCAGCCGAUGCAGACUGAUUGUUCCGGAGGCAAGACUAAGGUGUUUGUGAAUGGGAGAGAGCUGCACAAGAAGGACCUUGUUACUUUGAUGAAGAGGGGAUUUCCGGACACUCCUGGUGCUCGGUACACUCUGGAUGCUGAUGGCACAGUCUGCAAUGAGGCCGGCCGACACCUCUUUGCCAUGGGAAAACUGAUGGUGGACAAGAAGAAGGGUAUGUACAUGUUAACUACGGCUCCGUUAGACGACGAAGCUACCAGAAUCCCUCCUCUUAGUGCUUCACAGGAACCGGCUAGUUCAAAGCCAUCUGCGGGAUCAAAACCGAGGCUUCGGCCUUUGAUGCCAAAAGCAGACGGCAGCCUACCAGAGUCCGUCAAAGUUGCUGCUAAGGCCUGCGGAAUACAUGGAGGUGAGUAUCCUGUACUCUUCGCUGCCUACUCGGUACCGCUGUAUAGCGUCCUCAUGCUGUAA